UUGCUUGAAGGACCCAGUAGGGUUGAUCGGUUGGUAGCGUUGGGACAUUGAAUGGUACGGUCUGCUCGUUGUAGCUUUAUGGAGAAUCGGCUACGCGUGCCAAGCUUUGGAACCGAGGACGAACGCGUUUUGGGUGGUUGAAACUUGAGGUGGCUUGGAGUGCCAGAAUGGCCUCAACAAAUCCGGCUUUCGUAGCAGAUGGUGAUGUGGAGAAACCAGCUAUUAAUGAUGAUUCCAGCACGGAUGAUAAGCAACCUCAGCGUGACAAGUGGGGUAAGGACAUUGAGUUCCUGCUGUCCUGUAUCGCCCUUUCGGUUGGGCUGGGAAACGUCUGGAGGUUCCCCUUCAUGGCGUUGGAGAACGGCGGAGGAGCCUUUGUGAUACCGUACCUGAUCGUGCUGGUUCUAGUGGGACGACCAAUCUACUACCUGGAGAUGCUGAUCGGGCAGUUCUCCAGCCGAGGUUGCAUCAAAGUGUACGAUGCUGUGCCGGCUAUGCGAGGGAUCGGCUAUGGCCAGGUGUACUCUAGUGGAGUUGUGUUGGGAUUCUACGCUUCCUUGUUGGGACUUACCACGAGGUAUCUGAUUGCAUCGUUUUGGAAUCCACUUCCGUGGAGUGAGUGUCAGGACAGUUGGGAGACGAAUUGCAUCGACUCCAGUCUGACGGUAUCGAAGGGUAUUGGGAGCAACGUUACGAUGACGGUAUCUGCGGAGCUGUACUUUGUUAAAGACGUUCUCAACGCUGCUGAAAAUCUCGACGAUGGAAUCGGAUUACCAGACUGGCGACUAGUGCUAUGCUUGCUCGUUCCUUGGACAUUCAUCUGCCUGGUGAUGAUCAAAGGAAUCAAAAGCUCCGGAAAGGUGUCCUACUUCCUGGCGAUCUUCCCGUACGUGGUGAUGUUGGUGCUACUGAUCCGAUCUUGUACCUUGGAAGGUGCUGCCGACGGAAUGUUGUAUUUUAUCACGCCCCAGUGGGAUCGAAUCUUCGAAGCCAGGGUGUGGUACAACGCCGUAACGCAGAUGUUCUUCUCGCUGGCGGUUUGCUUCGGCAACGUAAUGAUGUACUCCUCGUACAAUCGGUUCUCGAACAACGUGUACAGGGACGUCACGAUCGUAUCGAUUUUGGAUACAUGCACCUCCAUGCUAGCCGGACUGAUCGUGUUCGGCGUCAUUGGUCACCUGGCACAUCUUACCGGAGCGACCGAACUGAACACGGUCGUCCGCGGAGGAGCCGGACUAGCGUUCAUCACCUAUCCGGAUGUGAUCGCGAAGUUUACGUUUUGGCCGCAGUUCUUCGCAGUGGCCUUCUUCAUGAUGCUGUUCGUGCUGGGCAUCGGAAGCAUGUUGGGACUGGCCACGACCGUUAUGACCAUGAUCCGGGAUCGGUUUACGCAUUUGAAGCCUUCCCUGGUGGCGAUUGGAAUCUCGGUCGUUGGAUUCAGUAUUGGGAUCAUGUACACUACUCCAGGAGGUCAGUUCCUGUUGGACUUUUUCGACUUUUACGGAGCUUCGUUUGUGGUGCUGGUUCUCGCUGUGUUUGAAGUUGUGACCUUUGCUUGGAUAUACGGAGUUGGACGACUCUGUCGGGACAUCGAGUUCAUGCUGGGUCGUAAGACUGGGCUGUACUGGAGAAUAUGCUGGGGUAUCGUUACUCCAAUCUUGUUGAUAGCUAUUCUGUUAUACCACAUUAUAACGUACGAAGCAUUCACCUCAGGUGGGUACGUCUUCAGCAGUGGGAUGUACGCAUUCGGAUGGUGCGUCUUCGCCGCGGGAGUCCUGCAACUUCCAGCUUGGGGCAUCUACGCGGUAAUGAAACGAAAAGAGGCAACCUGGUGGGGCCGAAUAUUGAACUGCUUCAAGCCGACACACGACUGGGGUCCUGAGGAUUCUGAACUGAACGCCAGAUACCACGAGUCGGUGUCAAAGUACGAGCAGACUGUUCAAACAAAUCGAAAUAUUUUUAAGAGAUUUAUAGAUAAUGUAUUUAGAUAAGAGCUUAUUAAAACAAAAAAUAGCUUUUC